UACUAGUACUAGUAAUAAUUGGACACAGUCACUUCCUUUUUCCAAACUCGAAACAGACGGAAGCACACGCGUCCUCCUCUCAUUUUCCCUCCCGUCUUUAGCUUUAUUUUUAAACAGUAGCUGAUUGAUUUGAUCGAUUGAUUGAUUUACAUACUGUAAGAAGAAAACGUAAGAAAUGGUGGCGUUCAAGGUUACUCGCGUCGGGACGACGCCAUUUGAUGGCCAGAAACCUGGAACUUCUGGUCUCCGGAAGAAGUUUUUACAAGGUACAAGCAAUAAUCAAGAUUCAAGUAGGCUUCUUGGCCGUUUCAAAUAUAUGAUUGGUAAAAAAAUAUUUGGAGACAGACAUAAAGUGAAGGUGUUCACACAACCUCAUUACUUGCAAAACUUUGUUCAGGCAACAUUCAAUGCUCUUGGAUCUGACAAAGUCAAAGGUGCCACACUUGUUGUUUCUGGUGAUGGCCGCUACUUCUCCAAGGAUGCUAUCCAGAUCAUUACAAAAAUGGCUGCAGCAAAUGGAGUAAGACGUGUUUGGGUUGGUCAACAUGGACUUAUGUCCACUCCUGCUGUAUCAGCUGUUGUUCGCGAUAGAGUCGGGGCUGAUGGGUCUAAAGCUAAUGGGGCAUUUAUAUUGACAGCAAGUCACAACCCAGGUGGCCCUCACGAGGAUUUUGGAGUUAAGUACAACAUGGAAAAUGGUGGACCUGCGCCAGAAGGUGUUACUAAUAAGAUCUAUGAGAACACUACGACAAUAAAGGAGUAUUUGAUUGCAGAGGGCCUGCCUGAUGUGGACAUCUCUAAAACUGGCGUUUCAAGCUUUGAGGGCCCAGAUGGGAAAUUUGAUGUUGAUGUCUUCGAUUCAACUAUUGAUUAUGUGAAACUGAUGAAGUCAAUAUUUGACUUCCCAUCAAUCCAGAAGUUGCUCUCUUCUCCAAAAUUUGGUUUCUGUUAUGACGCACUUCAUGGUGUUGCUGGAUAUUAUGCUAAACGCAUCUUCGUGGAGGAGCUUGGUGGAAAAGAAAGCUCUCUACUGAACUGUGUUCCUAAGGAGGACUUUGGUGGAGGACAUCCAGAUCCUAAUCUGACCUAUGCAAAGGAGUUAGUUGCACGAAUGGGAUUGUCUAAAUCACAUUCUGAACCCAAUCCACCAGAAUUUGGGGCAGCUGCUGAUGGAGAUGCAGACCGUAACAUGAUUCUUGGGAAAAGAUUCUUCGUGACUCCGUCUGAUUCUGUUGCUAUCAUAGCUGCCAAUGCUGUUGAAGCCAUACCUUAUUUUUCUGGAGGUUUAAAAGGAGUUGCCAGGAGUAUGCCCACAUCGGCUGCUCUGGAUGUUGUAGCUAAAAGUCUGAACCUGAAAUUUUAUGAGGUACCCACUGGUUGGAAAUUUUUUGGUAACUUGAUGGAUGCUGGAAUGUGUUCAAUUUGUGGAGAAGAAAGUUUUGGAACUGGUUCAGACCAUAUUCGAGAGAAAGAUGGGAUAUGGGCAGUUUUGGCUUGGCUCUCUAUUCUUGCCAAUAAGAAUAAGGACAACCUUGGGGGAGAAAAGCUUGUGAGUGUUGAAGACAUAGUUCGCCUACACUGGGCAACCUAUGGACGCCACUAUUACACUCGAUAUGAUUAUGAGAAUGUCGAUGCGGCUGGAGCAAAGGAGCUAAUGGCUCAUUUGGUCAAGCUGCAAUCCUCCCUCGAUGAAGUGAACAAAAUAAUAAAGGGAAUACAUUCAGAUGUUUCAAAUGUUGUUCAUGGUGAUGAAUUCGAGUACAAGGACCCAGUUGAUAGUUCCAUCUCAAAACAUCAGGGUAUCCGGUAUCUGUUUGAAGAUGGCUCACGAUUGGUUUUCCGUCUCUCUGGAACUGGCUCAGAAGGCGCUACCAUACGUGUGUAUAUCGAGCAGUACGAGAAGGAUCCAUCUAAGAUCGGAAGAGAUUCUCAGGAAGCACUUGCUCCAUUGGUCGAGGUUGCUAUUAAGCUGUCAAAGAUGCAGGAAUUCACUGGCCGUUCUGCACCAACUGUAAUAACAUAAAUACAUAUUGCCUCAUGUAAUCCUUUAUGUACUUUAGAAAUAACUGGUCCUAGUGUCCUCAUUCAAGGAUUGCUGGAAGAUGCACCAUAUUCAAUAGUCUUAAAAAAGAAAGAAGAUGCAAUGUAUCAGUUUUUUGAGUUCUGUAGUGAAAGUUUUUUUUUUCAGAAUAGACAAGCAGCGAAUUUAUCUUAUUUUCGAUGAUAAUGGUUCAAGUGAAUCUCAACAAUCAGUACGGGUUUUCGUAUUUUUCA